GUGAAUAAGGUUAAAUUGCAAAAGCCAUAAACAAGAAUUGAAUUGAGGUUAAAUUCGAGAGUUUAUUUUUGUAUGAAAUAAAUAAAAUACUUCAAAAUAGCUCACAUUUCGAUUAAAUUAUUUAAUAAUAUUUAAAUGGAAGGCACAGACAAAAGGCCACAAUUUGGAAAUAGAUUAUUGGAAAAUGUGGACGAAGUCUUCAAACAUAACGCUUGGUACUGUGUUCAACAUUGUUACUCGAUAUUGUAAAACUGUAAAACGUAAUGAUAGAAAUGUAAAAGUGGAAUUGGAAGCUACGAGAUAUAGAAAGAAACCCCCUGGCGGGAACCGUUUUUUAACUGACAGGAAACUUCUAUAUCAAUUUAAUGCUUGGGAUAAUGUUGAAUGGGAUGCUGAACAAGAGAAGGUGGCAGCAGAUAAAGUGCAACAGAAUUCUGUAGUUACAUUCUCAGAGGAUUAUUUAAAAGAUUUAGGGGAAAAUGCUGAUAAACACUGGGAUACAUUUUACAAUAUUCAUCAAAACAGAUUUUUCAAAGAUCGUCACUGGCUUUUUACCGAAUUCCCUGAACUUGCCCCUGAUAAUAGCUCUGCACCAGUAAGAGUAUUUCCAAAAAGUGAGCCUAGUAACCGACAAUAUAAUGAAAUUGAUGAAGAAGGAAUUGUAAGCACAGAUAAAGGGAAUAGUACAAGUAAUAUAAAUACAAACUACAGUAGAACAAAACGUUCUAUAUUCGAAAUUGGUUGUGGCGUAGGCAACACAAUUUUUCCAAUACUACAAUACAGUCAAGAUCCUGACUUAUUUAUAUAUGGCUGUGAUUUUUCAUCAAAAGCAAUAGAGAUUAUGAAACAAAAUGAGUUAUAUGACACCAAGAGAUGUGAAGUAUUUGUACUUGAUGCAACAUGUAAUGAAUGGGCGGUGCCAUUUGAAGAAAAUACUUUGGAUAUAAUUGUGCUUAUUUUUGUUUUGUCAGCUAUAGACCCAGCAAAGAUGCCGAUCGUCAUAAACCACAUAUAUAAAUAUUUGAAACCAGGAGGUUUGGUGGUAUUUAGAGACUAUGGUAAAUAUGACUUAGCCCAAUUAAGAUUCAAGAAGGGUCGCUGCAUAUCGGAUAGCUUUUACGCACGUGGAGAUAACACGAUGGUCUAUUUUUUUACGCAAGAUGAAAUUCGUAAGCUAUUCAAAAAUGCUGGAUUCAUUGAAGAGCAAAACUUAAUAGACAGACGACUUCAAGUGAAUAGAGGCAGAAUGCUGACAAUGUAUAGAGUAUGGAUACAAGCGAAAUAUCGUAAACCUUUAUAACUUUAGGUAUUUUCAAUAAGCAUAAUGUCUUCAUAUAUAUAUUUCUUGUGUGCGCGUGUAUGUCACUGAACUCCUCCUAGACGGCUGGACCGAUUUGAAUGAAUUUUUUGGUAUACAUUU